AUGUCACCGCUAUUACCAUAUUUGGAAUUCACAAUUUUCUUGAUCAUCCCCCUUUCUAAGACGACCGCAGGCUUCAAUAGUUGCCGUGCCGAUGUUUCAAAUAAAAAUCACGCACUCAUUGGACACACAUUGAAGACCCUGAAGAAUAAGCGUUUUGAGAGCUGUACAUAUUCUUGUGAGCUAGAUUUGCAGUGCUUCAGUGUCAAUUACGUACCAACACUCAAAACCUGCCAGUUAAAUAACGCUUCCAAAAGUUUUUUUCCUGGCGACUUUAUAAAACAAAAAGGAACGAUCUAUAUGGAAAUGGUGAUUCGCGAGUAUCACCCUUGUAACGGCAUGCGCUGUGAGAAUGGAGGAACGUGUGUCACUAGACCGACUGUGAUGUGCCGGUGUCAUGCCAGAUUCAGCGGACUUCAUUGUGAAAGUAAGAAGAUUUCCUUGUUAAAGUAGGUUAAAUUCUCUUGUCUAAAUGACAAAUCUUGGGAAAUUUCGAAUCGGUAAUCGGCCGCCCUUAAUGAAGAAUUCAAUAGCUGACAUUUCCACCUCUCGUGAUAGCGUGAAUAGAGUUUCGCCAGUAGUGACGGCUGCGCCUUUUUGCUUCGAGUUUAAAUAAGCCUAUUAGAUAGUUUGCGUCUUAGAAUUCCUUUAUACCAGAAAAAAUGACCCGCGGGUAGAAGGAUCACCCGCCUUGCUACUGAUACCCUGGGCGAGCCAACAUUUCAUACAUUUCCUUACAAAACGUGGUGAGCCGUUUACAUGAGAAACAAGAAGAAGAAGCAAUGAAGGUUCACCCUCUUUCCUGUGCUCGCCUGCGAGCAGGCUCUCCGGGGCGCCCCGGCGGCUGGGAGGGAAAAGAAAGGAGAGAUUGCAACUCCGUCUCUGGAAUUUGAAUCCCACCUCCAAUUCCCCUGUUGCUCCCCGUUGACUGAGCUGUCAGAUUUCCGCUAAUCAGCGCGAAACGGAAACUAGCGCGAAUGUAAACAAACAUUAAAAAACACGGGCUAAGGGUAAUGACGUCAUUAAUGAUGUCAUCUCCGUCAAUCAGCAUUUCGCAUCGACUUUUCGAUGCAGAUAUUCAAUUUAUUCCCUCCUUUUCCCGCCCAACCGCCAGGGCGCCCAGGAGAGCUUGCUCGCAGGUUUUAAGCCGUGCUAACUUUUCUCCGUAUAAACAAUUUGGCUCGCUCGUCCGGGUCAACUCUGUCAAGGCGAGACAAUCCGCAGAGCAAACCGAGCGUUGUUGGAUCGGGCAAAGGGAUAAACUUUUUCUCAUAUAAACGCUUGCUUGAGUUAAAUCGGCUGGGAUGGUGAUCCUUCUACCCGGGAUAGGUUUUCUCCGUAUAAAAGGAGCCUUAAUACUGCUGCCACAGAAGAAACAAUAAUAUUUCCUAUGAAUAAAGCAAUAUUUGCUCAAGAGACCCAAAACAGGAUUAGAAGGGAUUACUUUGACCAAUGACACCAGAAGGGGAUAAUCACUUCCUACAAAUUAAAACAAGUGUCACAAGACAUUUUAAGUUAUCACAAAGCCUUGGAAAUGACACCCUUUGUAUUCUAAUUGACCCAGAGAAACCCUGACCAGUUGUAUAAUUCAGUCUACCCAGUGAUAGCGUGUUCACAGACCCUCUAUUUUCUGCCACCUUUUUUUAGCUAACUAAGAAGAAAAACCCAGUGGAAAAUAAGCAAACCAGGUGAUUUUUUGCUCCGAAAACCCUGUGAAUAUAUAGAUCCAGCAUGGUCUGUUACAGAGGGGUGUGAAAUGCGUUUCCUUCUUGCAUAACCAAGGAAAUCGCGAAAUUGUUUUCGACACUAACUACAAGACCGAUCUGAAAUAAAAUAAAAAAAAAAACCAUUACUUUUCAUUAGUUUCUCAAUCAGGACCGAUAGCCCUUGGCAUGGAAAGCGGAGCCAUUCCAGACGACAAGAUUACAGCUUCGACAUUUAAGACAGGCUACGAGGCGAGAAAGGCGAGGCUAAAUAGAAAUUCCUGUUGGAUGCCUCUGCAGGAUAGAAACACUGAAUACAUCAAGAUAAAUUUUACUUCCGUGACCAAUGUUAGUGCCAUAGCGACCCAAGGUGCGCCAAAUGACGGUUGCUGGGUGACAAGUUUCUCCUUGCAGUGGUUCGUUAAUAACCAACUUGUAACGGACAGAAAGGUACAAAAUAUAGCCUGCCAAAACAGUUGUUUCUUCUCGCUCCUCACCGCCGGGGACGUUUCGCGAGGAGGAACGUCUGCGACUCACAGAAAUUCCAUACUGAUGAAUCCGGAAUCCGGUCAUAAACGCUGAUUGGACGACGGAGUAGUUACAUUGUUUUUGCUAUUGUUACGAAUGACAGACAAAAAAAAAAAAGCUAGGCUACAAGGGUCAAAUGUAAACGUGAGAAGUCUAUAACAAAACAGUCGUGGAAUAUAUUCUUCUCUAGAAGAAGCCUUAGAGUUUUGCUAGAGCUCGUUUGCAAAUGAACACAACAUUACACCAAAAUCGACCAAGAGAAACGUAAAAUUGAACAAAUUUGCAUUUGGAACCCCAUCCCUACCGGAUUUAUUAUGUAAACAUUAACUUACGUCAUCAGUAUGGAAUUUCUGUCGCUGAGUCGCAGACCUUCCUCCUCGCGAAACGUCCCCGGCAGCGAGGAGCGAGGAGAAACGGCUGUUUCCGUAGGCUAUACAAAACAGGGGUACAGGGCUUGGGACAGUAAUGCAGUAUUCAUAAUUUUCUGUAAUUUGUGGAUGCCCUCAUAGAACGGUGCAUCCUUUGCGAAAUGUUCUUGGAGUACUCCCUCCCUCCACCCUACACAGUGUUGAAACUCGAAAAAAUUUCUGAAUACACACGUCCAACUUUGUUUGUGAGAUGGGGAAUGGGGUUGAGCAUGUGUGAACUGAAAAAAGCCCCACAAAUGCAAAAGUGUCCCCAAGACUUUUGUCCUUGAUGGUAGAAACUUUCAUUAGUUUUCUGUUUUCGAUCCUUACUCUUAAGACCGUAUUCUUCAGGCAGAAGUUACGGCUUUGGCGGGUGGCAGGAUCGGGGAAAACACCACAUUUUGUUUGAAAAACUGAUUAUUUUGAAAGAAAUUAAAGGGUAGUUACAGAUAUAAAUGUACAGUUUUUCGGUAGUCUCUUAUUUACCUCGUUCCUUUGCUUUGUUUUUCUAUCUUGUUCGUGUUUUUAUUUAUAUCUUGGACAUUUUUGAGGUACGCACAUGGUUACAUAGGCUGGCGUACAGGUAGUUGCAACCCUAUUUUGUGUGAACAAACUAGCAAUCACCACCGCUUUUUAUACACCACCAAAUGGUUGCACAUCAGUUCUAAUCGUCAUUGUUAGUACCAUGAAAUCAUGGCUGACAAAUUACUCCUCAGGUUAGCCGUGAAAGGUUACCAUUAAAAUAUAAUUGUGCGCUGUGGCAACAUUUUUAUAUCUCAGCGCUAAGGUGGCGUCCAGGUUGAGUUCAGAAUAAGGAUGUUACGGCACAAAAAGACGCUGAAGAAAAACUAAACACGCCGCAAUAGAGCACAAUUAUAAAGAGCAAAAAGGAUUCUGUAAUGGGCUUUUUCUAAAAAAGUUUCAAUACUGUCGGGAAGUUCUUGAUGCCAUUGCGGCCUCAAGUUUGUUAUUUCUACCAUAAGCGUUUAGUUACUUUUCUACUUCUCUAAAUUCUAGACUACGAGUAGUCCCCUAUUUGUCCAUAGGGAUAGUAGAACGAGCGUGGGGUGAUUUUCACGCGCGCUCGCGUUUCGUUUGCUCUACUAUCCCUGAGGAAAAAUGGGGACUACUAGUAGCCUACUAAAUUCAACCCGCCUAUUCCGUUCAUACGGACACUUUCAAUGCCCCCCUGAGUAUCUGCUUUAACGGGGUUUGACGGUAUUAAUCGGCUCUUUAGUUAUACUUGUGUUGUUUACAUUAAAACAGCCAUACCAGGCAAAUGAGGACAAGAACACAGUUGUUAAUAACACGUUAUCACCUCCAAUCCAAGCUAUUAUAAUACGCAUCCGCCCAGAAAGUUGGUCUUCCUGUAUAGCAAUGAGACUCGAGCUGUACGGAUAG